GGUCAAUGGUGAUGGCCGCGGUGCAGCUAAAUGGUGGAGUCAGCUAGUCAGUCUCGAGACACCGAGGUUCGAACAUCGUCGAGAGAAUGUUAAGUUAAUUGUCGCCUCGAAUUUUAUGCUAGUCUCUCGUUAUCAUUACGGUUGUAUAACCCCAAAAAGACGUGGAAUAUAGAAGUUGAGAUGCACUUACGUCUGACUCGAGGAUAGAGUCGAUGGUUUACGCAGUUGUUACUCCUAAGUCAUGAUCGUCUCUUUUUGACCGACUUCGCAUGCGCCGCCACAUCGAUAAUGAGAUGAAAGAGUUCGUUUGCAUGUUCAAUAACAAGAACGUAACGUUACAAAAAGGUGAAUUUAUUUGAACAAAAGUCAACUGAAGAGGAGAAAACGCUACUUAAAUUUCAUACGCAAGAUAAGAAGUUGCAAAAGUCGCGAUACAAAAUGAAGCUCGAGGGGAACUCUUCGCGUGAAGAUAAUACCAGUGAAAUUUUAUUACAACCUAGAAAAGGUUCGAAUACUCGUUUACAAGUUGUACUAGCACAACCUAAAACAAUCACACACCUACCAAAAAGACCACCGGUUGAUUUGGCGUUCACCGAUUUAUCAUACAGGGUACGAGAAGGCAGCAAAAAUAAUGUAAAGACAAUUUUGAAAUCGGUCAGUGGAAGGCUACGGUCUGGAGAACUGACUGCUAUUAUGGGACCUUCCGGUGCAGGAAAGUCUACUCUUUUAAAUAUCCUGACCGGAUACAAGUCAACAGGUGCCGAAGGAAGUGUUACGAUGAACGGUCAUGAGAGGAACCUUAGUGCCUUCAGAAAAUUAUCAUGCUACAUAAUGCAAGAUAAUCAACUUCAUGCGAACUUAACCGUAGCCGAAGCCAUGAUAGUUGCUUCGAAUCUUAAACUUGGAUCGCAUGUUAGCAAGGCAGAAAAAGAAGAAGUGAUUCAAGAGAUUUUAGAAACACUUGGUUUAUCCGAGCACCAUCGAACCAUGACUUCGAACUUGAGCGGUGGACAGAAAAAGAGGCUUUCUAUUGCCCUCGAAUUGGUCAACAAUCCUCCUAUAAUGUUCUUUGACGAACCCACUAGUGGUUUGGACUCUUCAUCUUGUUUUCAAUGCAUCUCGCUCUUAAAGACUCUAGCACGAGGAGGAAGAACGAUAAUUUGUACCAUUCAUCAACCUAGCGCUAGAUUGUUUGAAAUGUUCGAUAGUUUAUAUACGUUAGCUGAGGGACAAUGUGUGUACCAGGGAUCUACAUCGCAAUUAGUGCCAUUCCUCAGAAAUAUCGGCCUUAACUGCCCAAGUUAUCACAAUCCGGCCUCUUUCAUUAUCGAAGUAUCCUGCGGAGAGUAUGGAGACAAUAUCAAAAACCUGGUGAAUGCUAUAAAAAAUGGAAAAUAUGAUAUUCGCGAAGGAUAUCCAUUCCCUGAAAAUAAAUCGGAAGCACUUAAUAAUGUAUCUUCUGAUUCAUUUUCGAAAGGUGAAGACGCUGGAGAAAAAGUCGAAAUCAAAGAUAAAAAUGACAUUAGCAAUUUAGAGGAGAAGUUUCAAGAUGAUAAAUUAAAGGAAACAAAUAAUAAACGAAUUAUUUCAUCUUAUACGACUAACGAUAUUGCAAAACAAGAUGUAGUGAUACCGAUUGAUAUGGAAAAGAAGGAUAACGUAGAAGUUGCCUUACUUGAUGACUCGAUUAUAGUUACUCCAGAGAGGUACCCCACAUCGGAAUAUCAACAGUUUUGGAUUGUUUUAAAGCGAACUUUACUUUUCAGUCGAAGAGAUUGGACACUCAUGUAUCUACGAUUGUUUGCUCAUAUUCUAGUAGGAUUAUUGAUCGGUGCACUUUAUUAUGACAUUGGAAAUGAUGGUGCUAAGGUACUUAGCAACCUCGGAUUUUUAUUCUUUAAUAUGUUAUUUCUUAUGUAUACAUCCAUGACUAUCACAAUCUUGUCUUUUCCACUAGAAUUGCCGGUGCUAUUAAAAGAAAACUUUAAUAGAUGGUAUUCUCUCAAGGCCUACUAUUUAGCAAUUACUGUAUCAGAUAUACCAUUUCAGGCGAUAUUCUGCAUUAUGUAUGUCACAAUUGUAUACUUUAUGACAAGUCAACCAACAGAUAGUAUGCGAUUUAGUAUGUUCCUGGGAACGUGUUUACUAAUAUCUUUUGUCGCACAAUCGGUUGGACUUGUGGUUGGGGCAGCAAUGAACGUACAGAAUGGUGUAUUUUUAGCGCCAGUCAUGUCUGUACCGUUCCUCUUAUUUUCUGGCUUUUUCGUUAGCUUCGACGCUAUUCCGGUAUAUCUUAGAUGGAUUACUUAUCUAAGUUACAUUAGGUACGGUUUCGAAGGGACUGCUCUGGCUACGUACUCCUUUGCCCGAGAAAAACUUAAAUGUUUCCAGGUGUACUGCCACUUUAAAAACCCAGAAACAACGUUGGAGGAACUAGACAUGCUUGAUGCCGAUUUCACUCUUGAUAUUCUUGCCUUGCUUUUGAUAUUCGUCGUUCUUCGAAUUGCUGCCUAUUUGUUCCUUCGCUGGAAAUUAAAGACUGCACGAUAGAUCAGUGUACAGUUAUUGUCAAUUUAACAAUGUUAAAGCGUACAACACAUUUAUACAGAAUAAGAUGAUAAUGCAUUUUUUAGUGUCGUCGUACAAUAGAAAUAUGCGAUUAACAAUUUUGUUUUUCUUCGAUAUCGAAAAUGGUUUACGUUAACAAUUUCCAGUCGUCGAAGAAAUCCCAUGAAAGAAUGAAAUAUUACAUUUCGUUCAUGUUUAUCAGUGAUGAAGUUAUAAGAUCUAGAGUAACAUAAUUUAUUCAUCUUUUUUAGUUAUAUGAUGACAAUUCUAUGCUAAUUGUUACAACGAUAAUUAUUGUCGUCUUUUGUAUCCACCUUAUUAUAUGAUACAAUAAUUUUAAAGAAUGCACAUGAAUACGCACAGUGAUCUCAUAAUGAUCGCAACGGUGUGCAUUAUCAAUUGUAACAAGAAUAGUUAGAAAAAAGGGUUUUUCAUUUGAUCUGAGUGCAAAUGGAAAAUCGAUCGAACGAUCCCAAAACUUUUCAAUUCUAUUUUGAAAAGAAUAAGAGGCCUUAAUUGACAACAUUUCGUCAGCGAUCAUAUUAUUAUCCGCCUAUGGCUGUGAGUUUGACGACGCAGAAGAAUAAUGGAAAACAAAUACGAUAAUGUGUAUUUUUAAUUCUUACGAGGACUCAUAGAGAGGGAUAUCUUUAAUGAAAGAUGAUGUCUGAAAUAGUAAUUAUCUUGCCACAUUUAUUGUAUAUCUCAAAUACUAAAUUUUGAUAAUGUGUCAUGAGCGUUGUCGCGUAUUUGAGAACUUAAGAUUUAGAAUAAGUAUACCGAAGAUUUACAUUCAUUGUAACUUCAACUAAUGUAACUUUUGAACAUAGUGUAUAUUUUUUAAGCGA